GAGAAGGUCAAAUGACUCCGCAUGUCUGCUUCUGUGUACAUUCCUGUCAUGGUGCACGCCUGAUGAAGAAACAUUUCCACUAACACCAAACCAAACCGCGCGUCCGAGUGCGUUUUUUGCGAGCAUCCAGAAGCGGCGCGUCGCUGCUUUAUCUGAAAGUUUGAAAAGGCAACAUCAAACCUCAACCUCCCAGAGCCUCUGAGCAGAGAAAGAAGACGCUGCCAAGAUGUUCAGCACCAAAAGACUGAAGAAGAAGUCUCAGUCGGUGGAUAUUGCCAGUCAAGGUUUCUCCCCGACUCUGAUGCCAGCCUCGCCCCUCAACAAGGCUGCACCACCUGUUGCCAAGACAACCACCGUCCUCGCAGUGGAGGAAAACAACACCACCAACUCCCAGCGCCGCAGCCCUCGGUGUGGCGAGCUGAAGAGAGGCUACACCAUAGAUACCGGCCAGAAGAAGACUCCAGAAAAGAAGGAUGGGAGGCGCAUGUCGUUCCAGAGACCCAAAGGGACCAUCGAAUAUUCUGUGGAAUCGCGGGACACGUUGAACAGCAUUGCUCUCAAGUUUGACACCACACCCAACGAGUUGGUUCAGCUGAACAAGCUGUUCUCCAGAGCAGUGGUGCCUGGCCAGGUUCUGUACGUUCCUGAUCCCGAGUACGUCUCCAGUGUCGGAAGCUCCCCUUCCCUCAGUCCCAUCAGCCCCUUGUCUCCCACCUCCUCAGAAGCUGAUUUAGAGAAGGUGACGGACUCCGAUGGCCCCCCGAAACCAGAAGGUGUUCACCCUCCGCUGUUCUCAGCUCUGCGCCAGUCCAGAGUGGUGUCAUCCACCUCCGAGGAGGAAGAGGCCCUCACAGAGAAGUUCCUCAAGAUCAACUGCAAAUACAUCACUAAUGGCAAGGGUGCGGUGAGUGGGGUGUUGCUGGUGACACCCAACAACAUCAUGUUUGACCCUCACCGCAUGGACCCGCUGGUGCAGGCCCAUGGGUGCGAGGAGUACGGCAUCAUGUGUCCCCUGGAGGAGGUGCAGUCUGCCGCCAUCUACAAGGAGAUCACCGACCCCAAGAUCAGAGAGGCCGUCCCAGAUGACCUGGAGCCUCUGCCAGCUGAGAGGCAUCCCUCCCAGCAGAAGGACCCAGAGCAGCGCCUGAGGGAGCCAGGGGCCAACGACAGCGGCAGCACAGCCCCACGCAGCACCGAGGGCUCCAUCUCUGAAGACGUCUUCACCGAGUCAGAGUUGUCCCCCAUCCGAGAGGAGGAGCAAGCAUCCAGCGAGGACCUCCGUCUGGACAAGUCCUCAGGCGCUUCCACAGAGUCUGUGCAAACCAUCACCCAGGUGGAGGCCGCAAGCUCCCAGGCCCCAGGCAGUGCCCGCAGCUCAGUCAGCCAGCCGGAGGAACCCGCCGCAGCCAAAGCAGAGGACAAUCCACCAGACACUGCCACAGAAAAUGAUAGCCAGUCCCCCAUGGGAUCCAAGCAGCACAGUGUAGAGAAGCCACCAAGCACACCCACUACCACCACCACCAGCAGCAGCACUAGCCAGGCCCAGGGUCCCAGCAGCAGCACCUCUCGCCCGGGGUCCCAAAGCUCAGCCACUCCUGGAGCUACAGACACCACCUCCGUCUCAGCCAGUCCACAGGGGGAUGCCAACCAGGGGACAGAUGUCUCCAAAACGGACACUAUGCAACAGAGCAAGGAGGAGAAGGAGAAUGCAGAGCAGAUGCAAAAGGACGGCUCGCAGAGCUCUGCAGAGGGUACAGGGUCUGCCGAGAGGCGGAAGCACCGCUCUCACAAGUUCUUGUGUCUGCGAGUGGGGAAGCCCAUGAAGAAGACAUUUGUUUCCAACGCUAGCGCCUCCAUGCAGCAGUACGCCCAGCAGGGCAAGAAGCACGAGUACUGGUUUGCUGUCCCACAGGAGAGAUCAGACCACCUGUAUGUCUUCUUCAUGCAGUGGAGCCCAGACAUGUACGGUGAGGGGGUCAGGGGGAUGGGACAAGAACCUGGGUUUAUGGUUGUCAAGAAGAACGAGGUGACAGAAACCACUGAGGAUGAGCCCAUCACUGACCUCAAUGUCAAGGAAUGGGAGGUAGUGUCUCUGACGGAGUACCACCGUCGGAUCGAUGCGCUAAACAGCGAAGAUCUGCGCUCACUCUGCAAACGACUCCAGAUUACCACCAAGGAAGAGGUGAACUCCAAGCAUGGCCCGUCCAUCAAAACGGAUCUGGAGCCGGAGACGUUCAAACCAAACCUCAGAGAACCCAGCGAUCUCCUGGAGGCCGACCAGAUAGAGAAGCUUGCCAGGAAUCUCCCACCACGGACCAUUGGGUACCCGUGGACGCUGGCCUUUGGCACAUCAAAGCAUGGCAUGAGCAUUAAGACGCUGUACAGAGCCAUGCAGGGCCAGGACACCCCAGUGCUCAUGGUCAUUAAGGACAGCGACGGCCAGGUGUUUGGUGCGUUGGCAUCGGAGCCCUUUAAGGUCAGCGAUGGCUUUUAUGGCACAGGAGAGACCUUCCUCUUCACCUUCAAUCCUGAGUUUGAGGUGUACAAAUGGACAGGUGAUAACAUGUUCUUCAUCAAAGGAGAUAUGGACUCCUUAGCUUUUGGUGGAGGAAGUGGUGAGUUUGGCCUGUGGCUGGACGGAGACCUUUACCACGGCAGGAGUCACUCCUGUAAAACAUUUGGGAACCCCAUGCUCUCGAAAAAGGAGGAUUUCUAUGUGCAGGACAUAGAGAUCUGGGCUUUUGAAUAACAAAACAGUACAGCACAGGGAAAAAAAACAAGUCCUGCAAAGGGCAAACCGAGGAGUCCUCCUCCUUUAGAACAAUGGCAAUGUCCCAAACCUAACUGCACAUCACCAGGGCUCCCCAGGCCGGAAGCCAGCUAUCGGAUGCUUGUCGUGCGUUACUACUGCAGUUAUUACGGAGCUUUCUUUUCUUUGUGAAAAAUUACCUAUGUGUGUAUCUUGUUACAGCCUUGUGCAGCGUCUUUGCAGAGUAGGGGGAGUGUGUAAAGAAGCAGUGAAAAGGCGGGAUGUCAGAGGGAUGAGGAGAGGGGAGCAGGGCAGGGACCAUGGGGCCUUGGAGAGGACCAUCGGAGCUCCUCUCCCGAAAGGUGGUGAAGAUGAUGGUGGCUGAGGUUUGUAACUGCUGCGGGAAGAGAGAACUGCCCUCCUGGUCCAGAUUGUGCAUCAGAACUUUACAGAACCUCAAAGAGCCCCCCUGCACUCUCUCAGACCCCCGAGAACUUAGUUCAUUCAGUUGGCUGUUACUCACUGUGCUGUCAGCCUUGACGGAGAGAGACCCAGAUAGAGGGAGAGACAGGAGACUAAAGCUGAACACAUUCCAUUACUCUCUGUGAUGGUGGAGUGUCAAAAUACAAGUGGUGAUUUGUGGUAAAUAGACACGUACAAAACACAUCCGCAACGGGAUACAAUGACACUUAACUCAGAGAAGAGAGCAUAUUUGCUGUGUGUGUAGUGAGGGUGGGGGGUUAGUCUUUUUACAGUACAGUUUUGGGUUGUCCUCUGAGGCUAAACUUAUAGAGUAUUGUGUAUUGUAGUCCUCCUGUUGUUCAGUCAUAGCACACCAUCUGAAAGCACAUAGCUAUAAUCAGACCACCCAUCGUCGUAAUGUUCUGUUCAGUGGGUGUACGUGUGAGUCCAGCUAACACCAGCUCCUCUCGCGGGAUGCUGGCUGUACUGUUUGUAGACAGUAACGUGUUGCAAUAGAUUUGUGGAAUAUGCAAAUAACUGUCCUGUGACCUCAAAUAACCCACAGGUCGUGGCACUUUUGCCUCCGCCUGUCGCUCUUUCAAGAGAGAAACUUGUAAAGCUUUUACGUCUUGAUACACAAUUGCUUUUCUGGGUAUCAUUUGAAAAGCCUGAGACGUGGUUAACUGUUUUACAUGCAUAUAUGACAAUUAUAUAUUGGUAUAUAUGAUUAUAUAUGGGUUUAUAUAAUCAUAUAUAUGUUGCUGUUGAGUGUGACAGUGAUAUAUUUGUGCUGAUAUUUCAGCUCUUACUAUAUAAUGUAUAUUACCCUGUAAAUUAAUGUUAAAAUAGUAGAUUUGUUCCUAUAUAUAUAUAUAUAUAUAUAAAUACAUAAUGCUAUAUAAAUAUAUAUAUAUAUAUAAAAUAAAGUGUGGAUUGGUGGGUUGCUUCUAGCACUUUAAUCUGGUGUAAAAGCGUCAAGGCCAGGUUCUUAGAUUCUCUUAGCAGUAGCUGUACAGUACUUUUUUUUUCUUUUUUUGUUAGAUCAUUAAGAUGUUAACUGUUAGUAGAAAGCUUGCUGCUACCAAUAUCCACAGGGGUCUGCCCUAAUGCUCUGUGUCUAAAAAGGAGGAUUACUCAAAGAGAGGAAGAGGGGGUUGAAUGUGGUUCUGCAGCAGCAGACCUCGGGUUCUCUCCGCACGCAGCCGUCAGGUGAGUCUGAGCAGGUACAGGUAGGUAUGCAGGCAGACUGGCCUCCGAUAGACAAAGGGAUGGCAGGUGAAGGGAAGUGUGUACAGUACCUCCCCCUCCCCGUGGAGCUUUCUCCCCCCUUUUCUGGUCUUCCACACCAGUAUUUGUGUCCUUGUGGAAAGUCACAAAGAAUAAUAUGGAUAAUUCUUCCAGUUAUUUCACCAGAAUACAAUGUAUCAGUCAUGUAUAAAUAACAAUAAAGCUGAAUUAAUUGUUGUAACCUGG